AUGGCCCUCGGCUUCGUCGCCAUCGCCCACAUCGUGGCUGUCGUCUUCUCCAUAGUAGAGCUCGGCCUGACAGGUUACGUCGUCAGCCUCUACGAUGGCGCAUACGGCAACGACUACGGCUACGCCUACUACGGGAACAACUCGCCUGACCGCGUCAACUUCAUGCUCUUCAACUCCAUCUGGUCGCUGCUCGUCCUCGCAUACAUCGGCCUCACCCCCCUCUAUCUGACCAGCAUCUUCCACCGCCUCGCUGCUCUGGCGCUCGAGGUCAUCACCAUGAUCUUCUGGUUCGCCGGCUCCAUCGCCCUGGCUGUCUUCAUCGGUGUGCCCAGGUGCCACGGGAACAGCUGGUGCGGGUCGACCCAGGCCGCUGUCGCGUUUGGCUUCUUCUUGUGGGCAAUCUUCCUCUUCCUCGUGGUCCUUGAUGGUAUCGAGGCCAUGCGGUCCCGCCGCCAUUCAACGGGCACCGGCCACCACAGCCACACCAAGCCCUACGCUGGCGCCUAA